CUCACACUUCCCCUCUGCUAUACCUCAUCGUCAUCGACCUCUUCACGACUUGACAUCGCUAUCUUCAUCUUCCACCUCAUUUCAUGGCGCCGGCGUGUCGUCAAAGAUGCGCAUGCUGAAGCUGAGCCGCGCCCACACCACCGACCAUCCCGGACAGCUUCAGCUGUAGUAACCGGGUCCAUCUGCCACUGUGGCAGGUAGCCUGGACGGGGAGCGCAACCAGACACCCUCAACGCCUCGGACGCACGCGGCUGGUCCCGGACCUUUGACAACCCCCGCGCCCGAUACUGCCACUGGCCGUGGGUUUUCUCUGUUUUGCAAGAACAGCACACCACCCUCAUGGACACCAGCACCGGCAGCAAUGGCCUAGGCAAGCUGUUGCCAAAGUCUAUUACGGCCAGACGCAGGCGAAGAAGGCAGAAGCAGGCGGAGGGUUCGGCCGUCGACGAUGACACAGCAAGCCGCCGCUUCGCCGACAGCGACGACACGAACUCUACGGGUUUGCUUGACGACGACGACGACGACGAUGGCCGAAGCUUUGCAUCCCGCAACUCGAGCGUUGCCGACCUGCAGCAGCAAUCAGCCACGCCUGAAGGAGCUCCGCGACCCGCAACGAGCUCUCCACCAGCUCGACCGACCACGAUUUCCGCGCAUCCAUCGCUCAUCGGAUACUUGACCACGUCUUCUCCCGUCGUACAGGCGACGCAUCUCGAUUCCAAUAGCCAUUUCCAGCCUGCGCCAUCGUCACAAGGUAGUCGUGCCGGCAGCGACAGCAUCACACCCCCCGCCUCCGUGGGCCGUGACACGACAGCGCCCCCCAUCGUUAUCGAGCCGCCGGCCGCAGUCACCGCAUCGUCUCCUGACCGCCGCUCGAGACAACCACCACGACUCGAGACGAAACCCCCCCGUACCCCGCCAACGUUAGACAAGGCUGCGCCCGUUAUCGUCAACACGCCCCCGACACCGACCGACGGUGGCGAUCCCGCUCGAGGGACAGCACCGGAGACAAGGUUGACGCGGAAUGGUGGCGGCUUUCGGGUGAGCUCGGAUGGCAGCAGCCCAUCAUUUCAGAGCAUGAGCGCGCACCGUAGGGCCAGAUCCGGAUCUUCGGUUAUCGCGCCGAGCAAGCUUUCCAACAUCACCACCGCCCCCCUGACUCCCACCGACGAGAGCGGCGAGCCGACACCAAGUGCGACCGGCUUCUUCUCAUCCGUGCUAACCGCUGCCCAAAACGCAGCCACCACGUUCAGCAACAACAUACCCGGCACGGGAAUUGGCAUCGGUAGCAAUAAGAGCAGACCUAGCCUUCCCAGAUCUCAAAGCUCUUCUGUUACCAGCCAAGCUGAGCCUGAGGCUGGUCGCGACCUGGAACCCCGCAUCGACCACACAAUGGACCGCAAAGAAUCCACCAUUCGAACGCUUGGCAGCGGCGACUUGAGCUUAAGUCAGCUGGGAAUCGCGGAGCCGUCCAGCUCUAUCGCCUCUCCGGCCAGCGCCAAGUUCUCGGAUGCAGCUGAUACAAGACUCCGCUCAGAAUCUGCGCCCGUUGACCCGCAGGCUCGGCUCGCAGAGGUACCUUCAGAGGGCCCUGCGAGCCGUCCCCGAUCGCUCGCAGAAGCAACGACGAGUGGCGACCAGACUCCCCCACAGAUGGAUCUGGCGGACAACAAGGGUCACGCGCAGCGUUCAUCGAGCAUACGAAGUGCCAUGAAGCCGCACAGAAAGCGUGGAAGCUCUGUCACGACGGGCGGAACGGCCACGACUGCCGCUGCAGCGGCAGCCGCAACCAACAACUCCACCAUCACGCCGAGCGGCAGCUUUGGGGCGCCAAAGCUCACAGGCUUCGCCAUUGCCAGCAAGAAGCGCAAUCGUGAUUUCCACACCUUCUUUAAGAGCGUCCCCGAUGAUGACUACCUCAUCGAAGACUACAGCUGUGCUCUACAGAGAGAGAUUCUCGCGCACGGUAGGCUGUAUGUUUCCGAGGGGCAUCUCUGCUUUAGCAGCAAUAUUCUCGGUUGGACGACGACCCUUGUCAUGAGUUUUGACGAGAUUGUGUCAGUGGAAAAAAGAAGCACCGCGCUGGUCUUCAAGAAUGGGCUCAUGAUCUCAACCCUUCAUGCCAAACACAUAUUUGCCAGCUUCACUAGCAGGGAUGCGACGUAUGACCUCAUCGUCAACAUUUGGAAACUCGGGCAUCCGACUUUGAGAAGCACGCUGAAUGGCGUAAGACUUGAGGGUACCGGAGGUGACAAGACUGAAAAGGUUGAUGGCAACGAAAUGCUCGGUGGUGCAGGGGAGCCACAAGAAGUCGCCUCCGAAUCCGAAGACGAGAGCGAGGGCGACGACGACGACGACGACGAUUUUUACGACGAAGAGGAGAACGACGAGAUUCCCAACACGCAGGCGACGGAGCUCAGUGGUGUGGAAGCCGACGCGGAGAAGCCUGGCCUCAGAAAGGCGUCGGCCAUGACCGUCCAGAAUGGCCUUCCUGCUGAGCCCCCGGGGGAUACGUCGUCCCCUCCAGGGGGUUCUGUCGACUUCCCGGGCCCUGCUACUCACCCACCCACAGACUGUGGCGACUCGGCCAGUCACUUUGACAAAAUUGUCGGCGACGACAUCAUCGCUGCCCCUUUGGGCAAGGUGUACAACUUGAUGUUUGGACCUGCCUCGGUGGCGUGGAUGUCCAAGUGGCUAGCAGGGGAUCAAAAAUGCACCGAACUACAGAUGGAUGAUAAGAAGGGCUUGAAUCUGGACAACAGGUCGCGCACCUACUCAUACAUCAAGCCCCUCUACGCGUCAAUCGGCCCCAAACAAACCAAGUGCAUCGUGUCGGAGACUGUCGACAAUCUCGAUCUAGAGAGAGCCGUCAACGUCAGCGCCUCCACACAAACCCCAGACGUACCUAGUGGAAAUGUGUUUCUGGUCAAGACGAGGUUCUGUUUGUCUUGGGCAGAAAACAACACCACUCGCGUUCAGGUCAACUGCACAACCGAAUGGACCGGGAAGAGCUGGCUGAAAGGUCCCAUCGAAAAGGGCGCUGUCGAUGGCCAAACACAGCACUGCAAAGACUUGUUUGCAGCUCUCAAGGCUGCGGCAUCUACUCGCUCGCGAGCUGGCACGGGCCCCAAUGGGCCCGCGCGGGCAAAGAGAAAGCUUAAGAGGAGCAAGGCUCUGCAGUCGACCGAUGGCAGCGUGGAGGGCAAGAUGGAAGCAAAGCGGACGGCGAAGCAGGAUUGGGGCCUAUUCGAACCGGUCAGGGGCCUGAUCGAACCUUGCGCCGAUCUGGUUCAACCCGUGCUCACGGGCAAUGUCAUGUACGGGCUGCUCGUGGGUCUACUCGUUGCGAUGUGGUUUGGCUUCGGCUCCACGCCGAGGAAGAACGUCUCGCCUUACGGCCCCGAAGUUGGGUUCUACAGCGCCAGCCGUCUGGCAGCGUACGAGGAGCUGUGGCGGCGCGAGGACAGUGAGCUGUGGGAGUGGCUCGAUGAGCGUGUCGGGCUUGACCGCUUACACUCGGGGGGGCCAAUUACUCGAAAGAGGCAUUUGGAGCCACGGACUGUGGAAGAGAAGCUGCGCGAAGAGCGAAUGGACGAGAAGGAGGUCGAAGAGGCAAUACGCGUGACAGAGGAGAAAUUGAGGGUUUUGAGGGAGGUGGUUGGCAAGCCUGCACAAAGACAGGACGAGAGCGGUCGAUGAGGCUCAGAACAUGGCGCUACGCGCACUUCCUUUUACAUUUGUAUACUAUCUGGUACCACAUACAUGGGCGCGGCGAGCAAUUUUUCUUUUUACGAGUCACCUAAAUAUGAGGCCGCGGGCAACUUAGAUCCUUUGUCGUACGGGCAAUAAAGCAUAUGAAGC